GAUGUCAAUGUCACUUGGUCAGCUGAUCGCUGCAAGCUUCCUCGCUUAGCUUAGCUUAGCUUCGCCUCGCUGAUGUUGUUGUGAGCGCCACCUUGCUUCACAGGUAGCUCGCUUCCUCACAAGCUGUUUCUCAACCACAAUCUCUCAAUUUCUACCGGCUUCCACACCGGCCAACAACCUCCUGGGGGGGCUGCAUGGUGCUGCGGAGCGGACAUUAUUGGUCGUGGGCCGAAGCAGGAGAGGCGUCUGAGCACAGCCAGGCAGCUCGACAACCAGACAGCCGCCUCCGCCGGCCCGGCGCCGCUGAUGGAAUUUAAACACACAACAAUGGCGAGUCCCGGUCCGAACAAGACCUCCGCGGCCAGCAGUAACAACAGCGGCACGAUGAACGCCACCGCUGCUGGCCACCAUCAGCCUUUGCAGCAUAUUAGCAGCGUGAGCAGCCUGCAGGAUGCCAACACGUGCUGGAGGUGUCAGAGUGAAACAGGCUUUCAGAUUAACCUGUCUGGAGCCCCCCCAAGUAAACGUAAAGCCCUCAAGCUGAACUUUGCCAACCCGCCCAUCAAACCUACCACCAGAUUCGCACUGAACACGGGUGGACAACCCUUCCAGAACCCGCACAUCGAGAGGCUGCGAACGCACAGCAUCGAGUCAUCUGGCAAGCUGAAGCUAUCGCCUGAGCAGCUUUGGGACUUUACGGCAGAAGACUUGAAGGACUUGGGCGAGAUCGGUCGCGGGGCGUACGGCUCUGUCAACAAGAUGGUGCACAAGCCCAGCAACCAGAUCAUGGCGGUCAAGAGGAUCCGCUCAACGGUGGACGAGAAGGAGCAGAAGCAGCUCCUCAUGGACUUGGACGUGGUGGUGCGCAGCAGCGAUUGUCCAUACAUCGUGCAGUUCUACGGAGCUCUUUUCAGAGAGGGCGACUGCUGGAUCUGCAUGGAACUCAUGGCUACCUCCUUAGACAAGUUCUACAAGUUUGUGUACUGCUCACUAGACGACGUCAUUCCUGAGGAAAUCUUGGGGAAAAUUACUUUAGCCACUGUGAAAGCACUUAACCACCUAAAAGAAAACUUGAAAAUAAUCCACCGAGACAUCAAGCCGUCAAACAUUCUCCUGGACAGAAACGGGAACAUCAAGCUGUGCGACUUCGGCAUCAGCGGCCAGUUGGUGGACUCCAUCGCCAAAACGCGCGACGCCGGAUGCCGACCGUAUAUGGCACCUGAGCGAAUUGACCCCUGUGCGUCACGACAAGGUUACGACGUGCGCUCGGACGUUUGGAGUUUGGGAAUCACGUUGUACGAGCUGGCGACAGGGCGUUUCCCGUACCCCAAAUGGAACAGCGUGUUCGAUCAGCUGACUCAGGUGGUCCGGGGGGACCCCCCGCAGCUCAGCAACUCUGACGAGAGGCGCUUCUCGCCCAAAUUCAUCUCCUUCGUCAACGUGUGCCUUACCAAGGACGAGUCCAAAAGGCCAAAAUACAAAGAGCUGCUGAAAGAUCCAUUUAUUCAGAUGUACGAGGAGCGUCCUGUGGACGUGGCCGCUUACGUGUGCAGACUUAUGGAUCAGAUGCCGGCUUCUCCCAGCUCGCCAUCGUACAUGGACUAAAAUGAAUGCGCGCACACAUCCGUUCGUUCAUCUAACUGCAACAAUAAAGAUUUCAAGCCAGACUCAAAACAAAGCAAAGCUGCAAGUAAAAAAAAAACAAACACGAUCAUCUCUUUCACAUCAUACUCACAAACGCACACGCACAGUCGUCAUGAUGUGAGUGUGUCUCAGCGAUGCAACAUCACUUGAUCCAGAUGAAUGCUUAUUAUUAUUAUUAUUAUUAUUAUUAUGGAGAAAUAGUAAAUGUUGCCUCCUGCUGGAAACAUGCUGAGUGCAUGUGCGCGUAUGAAUUGAAAGCAUCAAGUGUUUGGUCUCCUCUCAAACUUGUCAUGUCAGAAGUGAGUUGAGAGGCUGAAGUUGUUUAAGAUGUAAACCAGGAUAUGCUGAGAGAAUCUAAAUAAAGGCCAGAAGAAUAAUCGA